GAUAUGCGUUUAUUUUUUGCUGCACAAAAGAAUGACUGCCAACCUGGCUGAAGCCAGUGCUUCUGAAGAAGAUAAAAUAAAAGCCAUGAUGAUACAGUCUUUCCGUGAAUAUGAUCCAGUCCAUCCCAUGAAGAAGCCCUUGGCUACACCUCCACCAUCAUAUGUUUGCUUUCGGUGCGGAAAACCUGGCCACUAUAGAAAGGACUGCCCAAGAAAUGGGGACAGAAAUGUGGAGUCUGUUCCCAGACUGAAAAGGAGCACAGGAAUUCCAAGGAGUUUCCUGAUAGAGGUGAAAGAUCCCAACACAAAGGGUGCAAUGCUGACCAACACUGGAAAAUAUGCAAUCCCCAUUAUUAAUGCGUAA